GUCCGCGCUCUCUGCUUCCCCUCCAGCCAGCGUCAUGAGUCCUCCACUGCAGUGCCUAAAUAUGGGCUUCCUCCACUCCAUAUAUGGACAUCUACGUCACGGCAAGAGUGUAUAAAAGGAGCGGGGAAACCUCUCGGCUCAGAUAUAGUCCUGACAGCCCACAAGAGCAGAACUGAUCAUCAUAUAGCACUCCCAAACUCACACCUCACCCCUAACGUGAAAAGUCACUUCAAAACAACACUCGGAUAAAAGCCAUUUCAAACUGUUUUUUUUUAAUCCACAACUAAUGAUUCUUUUUUCAUGAGAGCGUUUUUUCACGCCUUGCAAAGACAAGUGGAUCUGUACUCGUCUGUGGCGGCAAAGGAAAACAACGGGACGAGCCGGAGCCGGAGAAGGAGCGUGACGGAGAAACGCGUCCUCGGCAUCAGUGCGCAGCGCUCCCUGAGCCGGAGAGAAGCGCUUCCCUCCCACCUGACGCACAGCCUCCCUGCGCUCCUCUCAGAUUCAGCACCGGCGGAGGAUGGCUGCAGCCAAGACCGAGAUGAUCCUCCCAGCCCUGCAGAUCUCCGAGCCGCUGAGCUUCCCUCACUCCCCCAUGGAUAACUACCCAAAGCUGGAGGAGGUGAUGAUGCUCACCUCUGCAGGGACCCCCUUCCUCACCGCCUCCGCACCCGAAGGUGCAGGUUUUGGCUCUGGAGAGCCAGGGGAGCAGUACGACCACCUCGCAGGAGAUACUUUACCUGAUAUCCCCUUCAACUGCGAGAAGCCGGUGACGGACCAGACCUACGCCACCCAGAGGUUGCCCCCCAUCUCCUACACUGGCCGCUUCACCUUGGAGCCUGCCACCACCUGCAGUAACAGCCUCUGGGCGGAGCCUCUCUUGGGUUUGUUCAGUGGCCUGGUGGGCAACACUGCCCAGAGUUCCACCUCUUCUUCUGCUGCUUUGCAGACCACUUCGUCCUCCUCUUCAUCUGUUCCAUCAUCAUCCUCCUCUUCCACAUCUUCUACAGCCUCUUCUUCCCAAAGCUCCAGCCUAAGUUCAACCAUUCACCACAGCGAACCCAACCCCAUCUACUCAGCUGCUCCGACCUACUCCAGCCCAAACUCUGACAUCUUCCCAGACCAGGGCCAGGUUUUUUCCAGCUCAACUGGAACAUCGUUGCAGUACCCUCCUCCUGCCUACCCCAGUGGUAAAGCUUGCAGCACAAGUUUCCCUGUUCCCAUGAUUCCUGACUACCUUUUCCCUCAGCAGCAGGGUGAGAUCAGCCUGGUGCCCCCAGAUCAAAAACCCUUUCAGAGUCAGUCAAGCCAGCCCUCCCUCACUCCUCUGUCCACCAUCAAGGCCUUUGCCACCCAGACUGGUUCCCAGGACCUAAAGAGUGUCUACCAGUCCCAGCUGAUAAAGCCUAGCCGCAUGCGUAAGUACCCCACUCGGCCAAGUAAGACGCCGCCGCAUGAGAGGCCCUACGCUUGCCCCGUGGAGACGUGCGAUCGUCGCUUCUCACGUUCAGAUGAACUGACGCGACACAUCCGCAUUCACACGGGCCAGAAACCCUUCCAGUGCCGCAUCUGUAUGCGCAACUUCAGUCGCAGUGAUCACCUGACAACGCACAUCCGCACCCACACUGGCGAAAAGCCCUUCGCCUGUGAGAUCUGCGGCCGCAAGUUUGCCCGCAGCGACGAGAGGAAGCGGCACACAAAGAUCCACCUACGGCAGAAGGACAAGAAAGCAGAGAAAGCAGGGGCCGUGGUGGUAACCGCAGCGUCGGUGUCAGCUCCGUCACCUGCCUCCAGUUACCCCUCUCCCAUCACCUCCUACCCAUCUCCAGUUUCUUCUUACCCCUCUCCAGUCACCUCCUGCUACUCCUCUCCUGUCCACACUUCUUAUCCUUCACCAUCUGUCGCCACCACCUACCCAUCAGCGUCGAUGUCCAGCACAUUUCCAUCUCAGGUGGCCUCCUCCUUCCCCUCCUCAGUCGCCUCCAGCAUCUACAGCUCACCCGUCCCCACCCCGCUAUCAGACAUGCACACCACUCUCUCCCCGAGGACAAUUGAGAUCUGUUAAGAAAGAGCAAAGAGAGGAAAAAAAAACUUUUCCUUCCCACCUUUCCUAGUUCUUUGAGGGAAAAGAAAUCAGCAUCAAAAGACUUUGUUUUCCCCUCCAAAAAGCACUUUUCUGUCUGCUCCCUGUGCAGCGUUAGUUGAAUUUUGAGAUUUACCUGACAGAGAGGAAAAAGACACAUGCCAAGGACUGGGCAAAGACAAUAAAAGAUGAAAAGGGAUUUUUUUUUUUUUUUUAUUCUAUCUCUGUAAACAAAUACAGCACUUCACAUACUUAAGGGACUCAAAAGAUAGAGCGAAACAGACAAUGACAGGUUUCUACUGUUAGGUACACGAAAAGCAAGAGACAAACUGAUAGAAGAUUGGCAGCGGUUGUGGUGCUAAGGCACGUUUGCCCUCGUAGGCACGCAUAUACAGUACAAGAGACAUUGAAUGAUAUACAUAAGCUAUCAUAUAUGUAUAUUGUAUGUGUGCCAUGUUUUGUUUUUAAUCAUACUUUGGUACCAUUGAUGUGAAAAUUUCUUUGCAUAUUUGCAUUGUAUCAUUUGAAGUGAGCAGGGCCAUAUUUUAUACAUACGUUCUCUAUUAUGUAGUGAUGAUGCUGUGAUAUGUUUUGAUAUCGUUUGGAAAAAAAAAGCACAUAAGUAUUCAAGCAUGAGUAAGAGUGAUGUUACUUUCUGUUUGUAAAUAUCAUCCACUGGUACUAUCUCUUUCUCGCUUUCUCACAUGUGACAUAGUGCCCGGUUAUAUGAAAAUUUAGGGAAAAGAAAAAUAUGUCAUUUAAAAGGGGAUUUUUUUAUUUUUUUUUUUACAAAACAAGACAAAUGCUCCCGAUAUCUGGUGCCUUUUGUGAAGCCUUGCUGAUGUUGUGACUCGGCUGUGCGCAAGAGAGGAUGCACUGCAUCUCGCCUUAAGGGUUGAGGGAAUAUUUUUUGUUACGGAAUGUAAUUCAUGCUCAGAGGAAAGAAAAGGGACGAGGUAUGAUGGCACCGCUUCAUUUCAUUAGAAUGUAAGCAAAAAAGGAGAAGAAUUAUAAAGUAUAUUUUUGUAAAACCUACGUGUAAAUAUCCACAUCUUCAAGAGCUGGAAUGUUGAAGUUACCUACUGAGUAGGCAUGGGAUUUUUUGUAUGUUCUAUACAUGCAGUUCAUUAUUUUGUGGUUAUCUUUAUUUUGUAUUUGUGUUUGUUAAAACAAGUGACUGUUUCUGGCUUCUAAAACACAUUGAAUGCGCUUAACUGCCAAUGGGAUAUUUGGUGUACAAGAUAUCCUCCCAGAACUUAAAUAUAAAUAAAAAUCUAAA